UCCGGAACUGCGCAGUGUACGUCAGCUGACUGUGCGCAGGGUAGUUUUGCUGUUUGUUCACGGCAUUGGUACAGCUAACUGGCUAGCCAGCAAUCAAGCAAACCACUUACUAGCUAAGAUCUGAAUAUUUGCGGAAAAUCUGAGAGCGUUUUCCUGUCGCUUGCACAAUGAGUGCUGGCACCCCUAAAUCUCUACCAUCAUCGGGGCAGAAAUCCAUUCAAGAUAUCAGCCACCCUCUUUCUGCCGAGGACUCCGUUCUCACACCCAGCCCUGAUUUGGGAAACACUACGAGCAGCAUCGGGGAGAAGGACCUGAGCCUACCCAACGGCACCCCAGUGGACACGUCCAGCCCCGCCUCCUCGUCCUCCCUACUGAACCGACUGCAGCUGGACGAUGACCUGGACGGAGAAACGCGCGACCUGUUCGUCACCGUCGACGACCCCAAAAAGCAUGUGUCCACCAUGGAAACCUACAUCACUUACAGAGUCAGCACAAAGACCAGCAGGACCGAGUUCGACCUGCCGGAGUACUCGGUGCGCAGGCGGUACCAGGACUUCGAUUGGCUGAGGAUCAAACUGGAAGAGAGUCAACCCACGCAUCUCAUUCCCCCCCUCCCCGAGAAGUUUGUGAUGAAGGGGGUGGUGGACAGGUUUUCGGAAGAAUUUGUGGAGACCAGGAGGAAGGCCUUGGACAAAUUUCUGAAGAGGGUGGCGGACCACCCCGUACUGUCCUUUAACGAGCACUUGAACGUCUUUCUUUCCGCCAAGGAUUUGAACGCGUAUAAGAGGCAAGGGCUGGCCCUGCUGACCAAAAUGGGGGAGUCGGUGAAGUACGUCACCGGGGGUUACAAGCUGCGGGCUCGGCCGGCGGAGUUCGCCGCCAUGGGCGACUACCUGGACGUGUUCACGCAGAAGCUGGGCACCAUCGACAGGAUAGCGCAGAGGAUCAUCAAAGAGCAGUCGGAGUACCUGGUGGAGCUGCGGGAGUACGGGCCGGUCUACUCCGGCUGGGCCUCGUCCGAGGGGGACCUGCGGGAGCCCCUGGAGGGCGUGUCGGGGUGCGUGGCCAGCUGCUCCACGGCGCUGGAGGAGCUCACGGAGGACAUGAGCGAGGACUUCCUCCCCGUGCUGCGGGAGUACGUCCUCUACAUCGAGUCCAUGAAGAACGUCCUGAAGAAGAGAGACCAGGUCCAGGCCGAGUACGAGGCCAAGCUGGAAGCUGUGGCGUUUCGGAAGGAGGAGAGGACGGGGGUAAGCGCGGUGCCCACGGACGUGGAGAAGUGCCAGGAUCGAGUGGAGUGCUUCAACGCGGACCUGAAGGCCGACUGGGACCGCUGGCAGAACAACAAGAGGCAGGACUUCAGGCAGCUGCUCACGGGCAUGGCCGACAAAAACAUCCAGUACUACGAGAAGUGCCUUGCAGCUUGGGAGUCCAUCAUUCCACUAUUACAGGAGAAGCAGGACGCCAAAACGGACACGAACUGAGACUGAAAACUGCCUCACCCCACCCCCACCCCCACCACCCCACCCAGCCGCUCUUCUCCCUCGCGCCGAGGCCCAGGCUCUGCGUCGCGUGCGGCGCGCUCCAGGCGAACCUCUCUCCGGUGGGAGGGGCCCGUGAAGUGUAGAUCGAGGGCGACACAGACUUGUCAAAAGACUGCAAGUAUUUAGUCUGUUUUUUAAAAAAAAGGUGUUUAUAUUUGUGAGACCGUACCGAACCACCGUCCUGCCGCUCGGCUGUAGCAAGGUGGGCACGCCCCCCCCCAACCCCCUCCACCCAAAAAAACUCUGAGCACAGAACCUGGGCUCUCUCUUUGACCACCCAUGCACUGAAGGGGACCCCCGGGUGAGUAGAAGCUUCGAAUUUGAGCACCCAAAGGAAUACCAAGACAAAGAAACAGGCAAACUAAUGUGCGGAGGUUUUUUUGUUUGUUUGUUUCGUUUAGUUUUUUCGACUAGCACUAAUUUGUAGAUCGAUUUGUAGAUAAGCUGAAAAAGAUUCUUUUGUAAAUAAUGUCGACUCUUGUAAAAGGAAGGAGAAACAGAUCUGACCUUUGGUUACAGUGUGUUAUUUUUCUUUUCACCCGAGAUGCGUCAGAAAAAGUGCAAUGUUACGGCCAAAGAUUCAGAGAAAGGGUUUUUGUUUUUUUGUUUUGUUUGUUUAUCCUAUUUCUUUGUUAACUUCGAUUUCAGUCCUUUAUAUAUUGAUGUCAUUAAAAAUGCUGCCUGCCUCUGAA